CUCUAUUCUGCGAUUCUCUGUUUUUGAAUUCAUUUCACGCAUUCAUAUUGGUUCUACUGUUUUUUAUGAUCAAUUUGUUCCCACCAUCUCAAAUAGGGAGUAGUACUAGCUUAUUUGUUCUUUUCAUUAUGAAAUUGCUUGGAUUAUUCAUUCCCAUUUAUAAUACUCCCAAAUCCCUAUCUAAGUAUGAAAAUUUUGAACUGAAUCUUUACUAAAGCAGCUUUCAUAAUUUUACCUAAUGAGUUCCAAUCUAUAUAUUUGGUUCACAAAUUUGCCUAUUUGGUUCAUUAAACUGAUAAAAUUGAUCAUAUUAAAAAAAACAACAGAUAAUGCAUCAAACUUGAUCAUGUAUCAAACACUUCAUAUAUCUGAUAGCAUUUACGCAAAUGUCUUGAUGAAUUCUCAGUUUUAGCUUAGAUGAGCUUCGAACAAAUGGUCUCAAGCUAGAUGUUUUUAUUGCAUGAUUUAGCUUUACAUUCUGGGCAGCAAACAAAGCAUGCAGCCGAUUCACAGCUGCCGUGUUCAUGCCAACAUGAUACCUACAUUGACUUUUUUUAUUCCUUCUCUAGUUGCCGUUUACAGACAUAUGCUACAUUGCCUGUGUUAUACUAGUAUAUUACAUCAGCAGGUUAUAAAUGGACCACUUUAAUUUUCAGAUUCUUAGAUUUAGUUAGAAAUAUAAAUAGAAGUCUUUACAAGUCAGUUUGUGUUACUUGUUCUGAAUAUUCAUUCAAGAGAAAGAAAUUAAUAAGCUUCUUUCCACUUGUUUUCUGGUUGUUCUUGUGAAAGGCCUUGACCAUGCCAGCUGCAAUUAAUCACACACACGAAUAAAUUAUAGUGAUAUGAUGAAAUAAGCAAUGAAAGAGUAAGAAUGGGAAAUAAUGAAGAACCAUGAAUAUGAAAAUCCUAUAUAUACAGCUCUUCUUGAUAUUGGGUAGAGAAUUAGCCAGAAACCUGUAAAAAUCCUCGCCCUGCCACUAUUGCAGGAACUCGAGCCUGCAGCUCAAGCCGAAGGUGUGGCCCUGUGCAACCAACACACACCUCUCGCCCAAUGAGAGGGCGAGUAUGGAACACACGCGAUGCGCGUGACUUGUUUUAAAUUUUAGGCAUUUUCAAUUUUUAGAACUGAAAUUCGAAAUUUUACACUCCAUAUAUCUAAUUUUUGUUUAAAUAUAUCAGCAGUUACAUUUUAUUUUAUUUUUUUUCGAAAUAGUCUUUGCAACUGUUAUAGUGUUAUUUUCAAAUUAAAAUUGAAUUUAGACAGUUGAUAGGGUAAAACUAUAAUUCAAGAAGUUUCUUUAACUUGAGUGAUCUCAAUUGUAGUUAGCUCUAUAAUACUUGUUCAUCAAGAUCCAAGUCACCAUAUAUUUAAAACAGCUGUGCUUUAAAGUGUCUACAGAGCAGGAAAGGAAUGAUGGACCUAAUACUUUGAGCAUAUACUUUGCUCUAAUUUGAAGUUUGUAGGAUUUUUUUUUAAUUAAAAUGACCAUAAUGUCUUGAUCCUUUUCACAUUUAUAUUUUGUUUGAUUCAUUACCUCAAUUUUAGUACAAACGAUAUUCGUUAAUUUCCUUGAUUGAUGCAUUACUUGGUGAACUCUAUCGAACCAGUGGGGUCGGUGAGCUAGCCUACAAAGACGUUUGAUUUCUGGAAACAUACAGCAUAAGUGUUUCUCAUCUCCUCUAACACACACACACACACACACACAGAGAGAGAGAGAGAGAUGCAGGAGGAGAGUAUUGCUCACUUUGUUCAUGAGCAUCCUCUGACGCUUAUUCAAAGUGAUAACAACGAUUUUUGCUAUGGGUGUGGUAGAUAUUUCUUUGAAGAGGCAGCCUACGGAUGCACCAAAUGCGGUAAUAAGAAAUACUUGCACACCGACUGUGCAGAAAGGCCGACUAAGAUUACACAUUCUAGGCACCCACAACACACACUCGUCCUCAAAUUAGCUGACACUUCAAGGAAGUGUGCAGCGUGUCAAUAUGAUGUAGGGAAUAUUGGUUACUUUUGUACUAGUUCAGGUUGUGAGUUCCGAAUCCACAUUCAGUGUGAACUCGCUGCUGGUGUGAAGCACGUGGCCGAUGAGCAGAUAUGCAUACAGCACCCCAGCCACCCUCAACACCAACUCAUUCUCAUGAAGAAGCGCCAUUCUUUCAACUGCGAUGCCUGUGGCACCAUGGAGACGGGAAGAUCCUACGAAUGCCUCGCUUGCCAGUAUUGGAUACACGAGGACUGCGCCGCCUUGCCCCUCACUGCGGACUACAACCACCACCACCACCCUCUCUCUCUCGCUUUCUAUCUCCCAAUACAAUACAUUGUUCACAUCAAGUGUGCCACCAAUCCCCCCACUCCUACUGAAUCUCAUGAUGCAAACGAUCAAGUGGUUGCCUCGUUUCCAGUUUGCGACGUGCAUGAAGAUCUAAUCAAGCCGUUUGUUACCAGAGAAAGAGGACAAAUGGUAGUCGUCCCAGCUCCUGAUGGCCAAAAAUACUCAUUUCCUUUCCAUCCUCAUCCGUUGAGCUUAGUCUCAUCAUCCAUUUCAGAAAUCGAUGAUGACGACGGCGGCGACGAUGAAGAAGAUGAUGAUGAUCAUGAUGAUGAAGACGGUGAUGUUGAAUUAGCAUGUGAUGCCUGCACUAUGCCUAUAUUUCCAUACAAGAAACAUCAAUCAUCUUCAUCUUCGUCUUCGUAUAGGUACAUGAGGUGUGGAGAAUGCAAAUACUUUCUCCACUUGGCGUGCUUCAACUUACCGCCAGAGCUCCCCUCUCAUCCGUUUCACAAACCUCAUCAUAACCUAAUCCUUGAAGCUUGUCCCAAACUCAACUUCUGGGAAACAUGCAGCGUGUGUGACUACUUAUCAAAUGGACUGCUCUAUACUUGUAGAAAAUGCAACUUCAAAGUGGAUGUCAAGUGCGCUUCACUGCCUACAGCCAUCAAACACGAGGCGCAUCCAAACCACCAUCUUUAUCUCAAGUAUUUGCCCACCAGAGGAGAUGGCCGGCAAGGCGUCUGUCGCGGUUGUGUGUGCACGGUAUGGUUUGGUUUACUGUACAAAUGCGGCAGCUGCAAUUUCACUCUGUGCUCCAGAUGUAUAAUGCUGCCGCGGGUGAACAAGCACAGGUGGGAGAAGCACCCAUUGCCGCUGACGUAUGAAGGGAGAUUCAACCAUCCAGGCGACUUCUAUUGCGACGGCUGUGAAGUAGAAAUGAAUCCAAGGGAGUGGAUGUACCAAUGCGGCCGCUGUGAUACCUCCUUCCAUGCCUACUGCUUUCCUGAGGCAUCUGGUUAUUUUCGAAAUCUCAAGUUUGGGCAGCAGUACAACGUCAGGGGUGAUGUUCACCCUCAUCCUCUCACCUUUAAAAUUGUCACCACUAUACUGCGCUGCGACGUCUGUCGUUUCACAGUUCAAGGGCCUGAUGGUGCAGAUCCGGCUGGAUUCCAUUGCUCCUCGUGCAACUUCUUCAUGUGUAUGGACCGCUGCGUUAGUUGGCGCCUACCUCAAAUUCUCCCCGUUGAAUAACAACUUCUCUAACUUGUGUGUGUGUUUGUUAGCUUCAACAAUUAACUUGUGGAUUUGGCCAUUUACUAUCUUGAAUUUGAAUUGUCGUGUGAUGGUUUGAGUUUCUGUUAUUUGUUGAAUUUUUUAUACCUAAUAAAUUACCAUAUGCACUUGUAUUUGGGCUUCCGUUAAACAGAUUAUACUCAAUAUAUAUGGUGGGCUGCGUCUGCUUGAUCCAA